AUGAAGAAGCGACGACUAAGCAGUCACCGACAUCCCCAUGCCCUCAAACACUCCCCAAAGCCAGGGGAAAAUCGAGCAUCAGAUUCGGUUCUCCUGCACAAUAAAAAUUCGCAAGAUUUAAAACGCAAGAGACUACCUCGCAAUGCCAACCACAAGAGGCAAUUACGAGGACACAAAAAUGAAACCUUGUUAAUCCAACAUGCUUAUGGCUCAUUGAAAUCUCUUUUCGAUGUUAAAAAAAUCAUAAAUCUAUCAGAGAUACAAUCCAUUCAGCUUCAUGAAGCGAAUGAUACAGUUUCUAAAUCAGUAUCUUCAAAGGGUUCACAACAUCUGGAAGCAUAUUUCGGAUUGAAUUUAACGGAGCAGAUAGAAUUUAACCCCAGCAAAUAUCAGACCCAUCUCAGUUUCGGCCGCACAAAUAGCAAGUGUCAACACCUAGACUUCAAUUUGAUCAACGGUUCGAUUUCCAACAUGGCCGAUGAAGAAGGCGCCCUUUCACAAGAUAAUACAGAAUUGAGGAAUUUAGAUGUAAAGACGGAAGAUUUACUAGAGCAAACUGAGAAAACAAAAGAGACUCCAGAGCCCUCAGCUCCUCCAGCACAAGUCAUUGAUCAACAAAUGGGCGAACAAAUAACCGAGGAUACUUCUGCAGUAGAGGAAAGCCGAGGAGAUACAACUGAUAUGAAGAAUGGAGGAACUGAGGAGAUGCUUACAGGGAGUAAAGAACCGGAGAUUGCAGAAGCAGAGAAAGUUGCACCAGUAGAUAUUGAUACUAGACCACCGGACCAUCCUAUUCCCUCUGGAAUGGCUGAGGGCGUGGAGAUACUUCCUGGGCAACGUACGGAUUCUGUGAUCAGUUCACUUCCGAUAACAGACACAGGGAUGCUGGCGAAAAUCAUUAAAACUAGAGAGAGAUGCAAACUGAUGGAAAAAGAGAUCGACAAGUUGAAGCAAGAAGUGGCAGUUUUGCGUCAAAAAAAACCUUUAACGGAAGAUGAUAAAUUAAUAGUCAAUACCAAGACUGAAGAAAUACUGUCGAAAAUGGCUGAAUUAGAAGACAUGACCAGGAUGCUUCAAAGGAUAUUGGGGCUCACAGAUCCCACGAGCGAGGAGUUUGCGAAGGCUUUCGAAAUGUUUCCUACAUCACCUCAUCAUAGAAACGAGGAAAAAGAAGGCAGAGAUUUUGCAGAUAAACUAUCUCCCACCUGUAAAGAUAAAAUCCGGGAUGAAGAAUCGGAACAUAAAGUUGGUACUUCUGAUGAUCCAGAGACGUGUGGUGAUGAUGAGUUCGACGUUCGGCCCCCAGAAUUUCCUGAAGAUAGACUACCUCGAGUCAUUGUCUGUGGUUAUACCGAGGAUAAUAUUCCUAAAAUUGUCGUUGCUGACAGUCAACGGCAACCCCGAAUUGAAGAAAUGCAGCAUCUAAAGAACAUCACAGGAAAGUUAACAGAAGCAUUGAACAUGCAGGAGAAGUUAGCCCAAGUAAAUGCCCACUUGGAGGGUAACAAAUACAAAUUACAAGAGGUUUUGCUUGAAAAGGACAGUACUGUAGACCUCCUACAGAGAAAACUAUGUGGCCUUCAGAAGAAAAUGCAAUUAGUGAUAAGAGAGAAUGAGGAGUUGAGACGACAAUUAGUGUUUAUCAAUGAGCGCAUUGGUAACCCAACUUGUUGCAGUAGUGAGGUUAAUUUUCCGAGAAUCGUCGAUAAACCGAGGGCUACCUAUUCUCCACGUCGUGACAAGGAAAACUGCAAUUGUUGUCCCGUUCCAGACUUGGCAGCUCCUCAAAGUCAGUCUGCAUAUGCUAGUCCGCGAAGUCCAAAUUUCACAGGAAAGAAUAGUCCCCGUCUUGGUGGCGGCGGUGGUUCAGAAAAAAUUUUCAGUAUUCCAAAUCAGAACAUGUGCUGUAGAAAUCUCGCACUUUCUCCUCGAACUACCCUUGAGAAUUCACCUACUCGCGGUCCAUGUCCAGCGGAGAUCGAAGACAAAUUAAAUACUUAUGAAACUAGUACCAAGCAACUGGAACAACAAUUGGGUUGUAUGGAAUCAGAAGUCCGUGGUAUGAAGAUUGAAUUAGCAAAUGUUCAACGCGAGAGACAACAAUUAGAGCAACAGAGAAAAUUAUUGAAGUGCACAGGACCCUGUGCUCCUUGUCCAUGUCCUUCUUCUCAUGAUGCUUCGCCAAUGCAUCAAUCGAUGACAGGUGUCCCUGGCGGAUAUGAUGAGCAGCUCCUCUCGAAAGUGAAUAACCCAGCUAUGAAUACUUCGUGCUCCGGAAUCUGCAUAGACCGACCACCCGGAGCUACCAAUUGUCCACAGCAGCAACUGCGUGAUCUUCGAGAGCAAUACGCUCGUCUCCAAGAGGACUACAAGAACAAGCUCUGUGAAGUAUCCUGUCUCCGUACAGACUCCGAAAAAAUGAAACGCGAGACCCGUGAAGCCCGGGAUGCUAAAGAGAAAGUCGAAAAUCGAAUGAUUGACCUCCAAGAACGUUUGAAAAAAUUUGAGUCGGAACGAAGUAAAUUUGGGGGUAGUAGAGAACAAAUGAUUGAAGAUAAACAUCGUCUGAUGGUGACGGAACAACGUCAUAAUGAAGCCCUCGAGGAACUCGAAGAAUUGAGACUCUCGAAUCAGGAAUAUCUACUUCGGCUCGAGGAUUAUCGAAAUAAAUAUUUGAAAGCACAAGAAACGGUAGAAGAGCAGACCAGGCAGCUGGAUAUGAUGGAAAUGGACAACGCGAGGAUGAAUGAGAAUGUUACACUGGAAAUUGGACGAGUUAAAAAUCAAUUUCAGGAGAAGUUGGCAGAAUUGGCACCCCUCCCAGAAAUUCUUAAGCAGUCACAGUUAAAGCUGCAAGAGUCCCAACAGAUGCGAGCGAUGGCUGAGAGGAAUUGUGAGGAGUUGGACAGAGAACUUCUGGCCGCUAAAGAGAAACUUGGGGCCUUAUCGAGUCAGUUGGAUAAUUUGCGCAGUGAAAAUGCCAUUCUAAAG